GCGAUCGGUUCAGCAGUCUCAGAGCUGCUGUGGUGUCUUCACUCUACUGGCAGGAAUGAGCUCCCGCCGGAAGUGAGGUGGCCUUUCUCGAGAGCAAGCGAAAAAUAAACACGUAGCCGUCAAGUUGCUACGACUACAAGAGAUUGAAAUCUACAAGAUUGCUUUAGAUGGAAGCAUAGAAGCAAGACGCAGUUAUUAGAAGCAAAACGCAACCGAGGCCAUCUCUGUAAAGCAGAAAUAGCGGAUUCCUGCGGCUGUAGUGAAAGAUGGUGCGAGCGGCUCUUGUGACGGCCGUCAGUUUGGCUCUGACUGGCGCGGUGGUUGCUCAUGCCUACUUUCUCAAGCACCAGUUCUACCCGACUGUGGUGUACCUCACCAAAAGCAGCCCUAGUAUGGCAGUUUUAUACAUUCAGGCUUUCGUGUUGGUUUUCCUUUUGGGGAAAUUAAUGCGGAAGGUCUUUUUCGGGCAAUUAAGAGCUGCUGAAAUGGAGCACCUGAUUGAACGCUCGUGGUAUGCAGUGACAGAGACCUGCUUAGCCUUUACAGUCUUCAGGGACGAUUUCUCCCCUCGCUUUGUGGCCCUUUUCACUUUGCUGCUUUUCCUCAAGUGCUUCCAUUGGCUGGCUGAAGACAGGGUGGAUUUUAUGGAAAGGAGUCCAAAUAUCUCUUGGGUCUUCCACUUCAGAGUUCUCUCUCUAAUGGUGUUGCUGGGAGUAUUAGACUUUCUGUUUGUCAAUCAUGCGUGUCACAGCAUUAUAACGAGAGGGGCAUCAGUGCAGCUGGUUUUUGGAUUUGAGUAUGCGAUUCUGAUGACUAUGGUCCUCACCACCUUCAUCAAGUACACCUUACACACAAUUGAUCUGCAGAGUGAGAAUCCAUGGGACAAUAAAGCCGUCUACAUGCUGUACACAGAGCUCUUCACAGGAUUCAUCAAGGUGAUAUUGUACAUGGCGUUCAUGACCAUAAUGAUAAAAGUGCACACCUUCCCUCUGUUUGCCAUUCGGCCCAUGUAUCUCGCAAUGAGGCAAUUCAAGAAGGCAGUAACAGACGCCAUCAUGUCUCGACGAGCCAUUCGUAACAUGAAUACUCUCUAUCCAGAUGCCACCCCUGAAGACUUGCAAGCCACUGACAAUGUGUGCAUCAUUUGCAGAGAAGAGAUGGUGACUGGAGCCAAGAAACUGCCGUGCAACCACAUAUUUCACUCGAGUUGCCUUCGCUCAUGGUUCCAAAGACAGCAGACAUGUCCCACCUGUCGUAUGGAUGUCCUCCGAGCAUCCCAGCCAAACCAGACUCCAGCCCCAGCGGCUGCACAAGCACCUGCCCCUGCUGCUCCUGCUAAUGCCCCCGUACCUCCACCUGUCAAUGUUGCUCCAGGUAUGAUGCCUCAGUUUCCUCCUGGGCUGUUUCCAUUUUGGGGUCCCUUCCCUGGCGCACCUCCUCCUGCUGCCCCUGGUGCACAGGCAGCUACUGACACUCCACAGACCAGUACCGAUGGAACGCAGGCACAGGGAUCAGAAUCAGGAGCCAGCAGCUCAAGUCAGCCGACUGCAGACAGCGCCUCUGCUGCUCCUGGAGCGAUGCCUGGAUUCCCCUUUUCCAUGCCGCCACCUUUCCCAUCAGCUCCAUGGCUGCCGAUGCCUCCACCUCCACCUUUUAUGUCAUCCAUGCCACCGCCACCGUCAACUCUGUCCACAAUGUCAGAGGCUGAGCUCAGAGAACUGGAGCAGGAGGGCAGGCGAGGUUUGGAAGCCAGGUUGCAGUGCCUUCACAACAUUCACACAUUGUUGGAUGCCGCUAUGCUUAACAUUCACCACUACCUCAGCACGGUGGCUACAUUAAGUCCUCCAAGAUCAGAAACCAACACUGCUGAGGCCAGUGCAUCAGCGAAUAUGGAGUCCACACCCUCCACGAGCAACACGGAAACCCCCAGUCAGGAGAACGAGGCUCAGAGUGGUGAAUCUGUAAAUGGAGCUACAGGCUUUUCUCGACCGGACUCAACCACAGAAGAGGACAAUGACAGGAAGGAGGGAGAUGAGGAUGACGGCGAGCCGAGCGCCGCUGAGUUGAGACGGCGUCGCCUCCGUAAACUGGAGACCACGCAGACUCCUGACCACUGAUGACGUGAUACUUAAAAACAUGACAGUAGAAACGCUUCUUAUGGACUUUUGGGCACUUGGCAUGUUGUCAGAUUAUCUGAGGAAAGUUCAUGUGUUCUUAGAUGUUAUCUAAAUGAGGCACAUCAAGGCACUUCACACUGUAUGGAGGAUUUGUCAUUGUCACGUGUACAGAGGAUACUCAGGUUGCGAACUGGUCUCUGGAUCACCAUGCGUGAAGAUUUAAAGGUUAAAAUAAAAGCCGUGCACCUUGAAGGUCAGCUGUGACUAUUGAAGUAUUGAGAAUUGGUGAGACUUUCCUCUCUGAAUGUGAUUUCUGUUUCUCAGAGGAUCAACAAGGUCUGUGGAUUUCUCAUGUGCCCUUAAAAUUUGAUGUUUUCCCCUUCUUUGUGUAUUUUCAUUAUUUCUAGCUCUACAUAAUAGACUUUUUUUUCUUAGAUCUACUUUGGUUAUGGGUAAAAGAUGACCAUGAACCAAAUAUGAGUAAAUUAACUUAAUGUACAUAAUGUAUAAAGUGUUUUAAUAGGAUGAUCUGUACAUACUGCACAAUAAACUGUUUGAAACAGA